UUAUUGAUUGCAGAGCUUGAUGGAUCAGGAGGAACUGGCUUAGUGAUGUUUGCACUCGCAAUAAUUGGUUGCACAUGAAAUCCCGCGAGAAUUCUCAAGAUGAAUCUAGAUGAGGCUGACCUGCUACAAGACCCAAAGUUUAAGACUUAUUCAUCAGCAGUUGAGAAAGCUCUGAAAGGAUUUGAAUACUCCAGCGAAUGGGCUGAUCUUAUUUCUGCCCUCGGAAAACUAAAUAGGGCUCUACAAUUAAAUAGCUCCCGUUUCCAUGUGAUUCCGAAGCGCCUAACGAUUGGCAAACGACUUGCGCAAUGUACCCAUCCUGCACUUCCGAGCGGCGUACAUCUGAAAGCCCUGGAAACCUACGAACUGAUAUUCAAGAUAAUUCCACAGCAGACUUUAUGCCAGGACAUGUUUAUAUACAGCGCCGGUAUAUUCCCUCUGCUAGGCAAUGCAGCAAUGUCUGUAAAGCCGGCUUUGCUUAGCCUGUAUGAGGAAUAUUACCUGCCUCUAGGGGAGCACCUAAAGCCUGCUCUUACAGGCCUUCUACAAGGAAUCCUGCCAGGCCUAGAAGAGGGCUCUGAAUAUUACUUAAGAACUCAAAAGCUGUUGGAACAGCUCUGUUCAGGAAUGGAUAAAGCAUCAUUCUACUCAGCAUUGUGGGAUUGCGUUCUGAUGAGCCCUGGAGUCCGCCUGCAAGCGAUAACAUUUGCCCUUUCCCAAGUGGACCGUAAAAUCUCAUUUCUAGAGCAGCCGUAUAUGAUGGGUUCUAAUUCAUUUAAAAUGGUACAAGCAAUUAGUGAGUCAUUGGAAGAUGCAGUGGUAUUAGUUCAAAGAAGUGCAUUAGAUCUUCUGCUCCUCUGCUUCCCUCUUAACACAACAUCCAUUCAGCAAAACGAAAUUGUCAAGAUGAUGACGUCUGCAUUAAAUGUACUACUACGUCGUGACAUGUCGUUGAAUCGUAGGCUCUAUGCAUGGUUUCUUGGUAUCAGUAUGAAUGGCACGGUUGGAGGUAAAAAACAAGUUCCACCUGUGUCGCGUUCCGAUAGUGCGGUUAGCACUGACGAAGACCCAUCGACGGAAUAUUUCGAAAAACAUUCAAAAGACUUGCUCAUUCAAGCAUUAAAAAACUGCCUGCAUGCUGACUUAGAGGUCACUGCACUUGCCGACGACACGCCGAGUCGGCGUAAACUCGGCUUACUUCGGCCUUACCGCAUUUUGAUUAGUUUGUUGGACAAGCCAGAGGUUACCACCCCCAUCAUUGAUGAAAUUUAUAUGGAAGUAUUCCGUGCACUAUACAACCGAUGCCAUGAGAUUGCAAUUCAACAGGUUUUAGAAAAAAAACCUCAAAACCAUGUGACCAAGAUUGGCAAUCUACUGCUUUCCGAUGGCGUUCGUCCUCAGGAAUUGAUAAAAACUGCAAAUUUAUUAUUUGGAACGUUUGAGCCGUACUUCAUGUGGGAAUAUGUGGCCAAACGAUUUGAUUUGUGCUGUCAACAGAAAGUUUUAGAGGAAGAAAUAGAGCAGCCACAAGACGAAUCAAAAGUGACAAUAUCAGAGCUUUGUAUGCUCGUAGAAUUUUUGCUGGACAUUGUCUCUUUGGAAGCAUAUGUUGAGAUACCAACUGAACAUUUGCCGCAAUUGCUGUGUAAAGUGACCAUGUCCAUGACAAACUACUGUGAAUAUUUGAGUCCCGAGGAGUUGAAGAGUAGUCUACAGCUGUGCAAUAAACUACUGACCAAGGUGCAACCAUCAAUGGUGACCUCGCCCCUCACUGAAGAAGACAUGAGAAUAACCGAUAAUCAGGCAAAAUCAAAUGGAUACCUCGGAAGGGAUCCCCCAGAACGUCAGGUGAAUGGUGAUAUUUCUAGCAGACAACUUCCUGGAUUACCCUCAUCCGUGAAGUCGCUAGACCGACUGGUGUCAGAAGAUCACGAAGAUGACGAAAAACCGAUGGAUAAGGUUCAUUCAUUGUCGUUCACAAGCGAUACAAGUUCCGAUUCAACUUCACAGAUUGAAGUGCGAUCUUCUCGAGGUUUAUCUCAGCUGAGUUUGUCGUCUGAAAAUAGCUGCUCAGAAAAUGAAAAAACACCACCAGUGUUCCUCAUGCAAGCAUGCGUCCAGUGCUUCCAGUCUUUUUUUGCAAAAUUUGUAGGAUCAAGAGUUCUACCCAAUCCGGAUUUGGCAAUAUACAUGGAAAAGCUACGGGUUUCACGCAGCUACUUUGGUGAAAGUAAGAUAAAGAAAGAAAUCUGCAGACGGGAACACAAAGAUAAUGUGCAAAGGCUGAAAGAAACAGAAGCAAAGCAAACUAGAGCGAGGGAACAAGUUCAAAGAAGAAGGGAAGCUACCGAAAGAAAAGGAGAGAAAUCAGAUGGAGUAAUUAGGAAGAAAUCUAGCUCACCAGAAAAGGUCCAAAAGAAAAACAGCCUUAAGAAGAAAGCCGACAGCAUCAAAGAACGAGCACUUCCUAUGCUAAAACGUCAAACUUCAAAGGUCGAUCUUGACAGAGAGAAAGAAAUAGAAGAAAACAGGCAGGCUAUGAUGAAGAAACUAGAAAUAGAAGAGAGAAAUUUUCUAGAAAAGAAAAAGAAAGAGGAAGAAGAACGGUACUUGAUAGGAAUUGUUAUUAGGGAUGAUGGGAAGCGUAAGGUGGAUGCCAAUUUGAUGUCUGACCAGUCUACUCAAAAAUAUUUAAAUGAUGUAACUCUAGACUGUGAUAGGUCAGAUAAGAUACAUGAGGCCUUCUCCAUUGCCUGUCAUCUACUGGUAGAAUACACCUGUUUCCCAAUGUACUGCAACGAUUCCACGCUUGCAUCAACGCUACGUACUCCAAAAGGAAAAGGAGCCUUGGAUCAAUUACCCGAUUGGCUACAAACAUUAAUCACGACAGCAUGUUUUAUUACGAACGUGAACCAUCAGAGCACAGCAGUAGGCACACUCCUUGAACUCAUCGGUCUCACCCGUUCCGUCACGUCCGGUACAAGUAAUAAACUCGUUCUGCCCACUCCGCCAACCACUCCUGGGAGCCAGAGUGGUACAGUGUCUGUGGUGCUAAUCCCAGCAAUAGCCGUUAGCCAUCUUGAAUGCCUGAGUUAUGAAUCAAGUUUCUUCCAGAGAGUUGCUGUGAAUCUAUGGAGACAUAUGAAUUCUAAGACACCAGAGCGCCACCAUAAGAGUGCAGAGCUAUUACAUCAUUUGCAUAAUUCAACACCUGAUGUGUAUCUAUGUGAGGACGUGAUUGGCCAUUCUCUGGUGCAUUCAAAUAGAACAAUAUCUCUAGAAGCUCAUAACCGUUUUGCAUUGCUGUGGCACCUCAUUCGACCUCAGAUUCUAAACUCAAGCCCAGCUAGCGGUAUCAAAACUUUUGACAGAUCUUUAUUGGUUAUGUUGGAUAGUCUUCAACAUCAAGACAGUGUCAUACGAUCUGUCACGCAAACAUGGCUUGCUCAUGCAAUUGAGCGUGGAGAUAUUGCCCGCCUACUGGAACCAGUACUAUUAAUACUCCUGGAUCCAAAAACCUCUCGAGUAUCUGUACAAUUCCUCUUAACCCAUUCCCAGAAGAAAGGAAGAAUCACAAAACCUCAAGAGAAGGUCGAUGACAUUGAAGCCAAGAUCUGUAGCAUCAGCGGUGUGAAUGGAGAGGUAACCUACCACGUUACGAAGGACGGGAAAAAACCGGUCUUCAUACCACCCGAAAGGGGUGACCCUAUAUUUGCAUGUACGACAAUCGGUGAGGAAUUCCAAUGCAUUACAAGGGUUAACCCAGAAAUGCGGUAUGAGGUUCCUUCUGAAACGCUGACAAAACCUCUAAAGCUUACAGUUAAUCCAAUGAGUCAUGCCUCUUUUAGUGACUCUGAAAGUGAGCCUGUCACCCCCUCCAGCAAAGGGGGACAGUUUGAUAAAAGAAGCACCACCCCUGAUAGCUUUAACAGUGACUUUGAUCGCAAUCUUAGCUUUUCAACUUGUGAUCUGACUGGUAUCGGUAGCAUGUCAAACCUGGUAGAGGCUGAGCAAUCCUAUGUUUUCAAUGAAGAUGCCACAGAGUCAAUUGAAGAAAUCGUUCAAGACGUCUUGGAGGCCAUUAUUGAUCAAGUUGUUCUGCAAGUUGACGAUAGUUCCAGCAGUGACGAUGAAACAAGUGAAUGGGGUGAGGGAAAGAAACUAGGAACACCAAAGGCAAACAAAUCCGGAAGAUCUAAAGCAAUUCCUCCAUUGGAGACAGUUUUUUCUGAUGAUACGUUUAUCGAUGACCUUGAAGGAGUGCUGUCUGGAAUGGAGACUGAUGGAGACCCCGAUUCCCCAAAGAAGGAUUGGAGUCCAAAGAAAGGGCGUUCAGCGGCAAUGCGUCAGAGUGCAAACCAGUCAACUCUUAACGCACUACAACAUCAUAUUCUUCUCUACGUUCAGGUUUUUGAUGCACAGAGAUCAUUAUAUGUUUUAUCGCUCCUCAAAUCCGUGCUUACAACGAACCCACGACCGUUUGUCUGCGCAAUGUCAUCCACGAGUCUGAGCAGCGCUAACACAACACAAUUGAUACGACUGCAGCACCUCCUUGCCAGACACAAAACUAGCAUUAUGGGAAGAGAUUUUUUCUCAGAGGUUGCUCAGGACUCUAUUUCUUCAUUCCGUAGCAGUACAUACCUUGAUAUAGUGCUCUCCAUUUGUGUGUACUUCAUACGUAGUUACUAUCCCAAAGAUUCAAAAGCAUCGGAGCAUGAUGUGACAGGAAAUCGAGACGUUCAGAUAGCCAGUAUGGAUAUUCUUAGGCGUAUUCUCAAUGAGUUAGUUGAGGUGGUAAAAAUGAAUGGCCGGGGGUUUGCCACUUUCAUUAGUGACUUACUACAACGAUGUAAAGUCCAAAAGGCAGUUCUUUACUGUCUGUUAGCGUCAGUGUUCAACAGCCGUAAGCAGUACAAGAAGACAGACGCAUGGAGAGAUUCUCAGCUGAUAAAAGAGCUUGAUAAUCAAGAUAGUCAAGGAGGUGCGCAAGCAUUCCAGUCGCAGCUUCUCCGUCUCAUCCUGAUCAUCAUAGUCCUUGAAGACCAGCUGUUCACAUUGAAGGACGAUACAGAGUCGCUUACGCCUAUCAAGUCCAACGAGUGGGACCAGCGCAUCAGAGUUCAAAGACCAGGAGGAUCUUCAUUAUCAUUUCUGCGCUCGGAGAGGCUAUGUUGCCAAGGAAUGCUGCUUACCGCUAUUCUUUGUGCCUUGAGACAGCAGCAUAUCUGCCAUAUGCAUCGUCAUUGGAUCACCGUGGUUACUGAUGCACUGCCAUAUUUGGAUAAAGGUUUACCAAAGAUAACAGUUCCGAUGGCCAAUCAACUGUGCCGUAAUCUAGAGCUGCUGGCAUCGCUCUACGACAUUUCUGAUGACAAGAAAAUUAGUUCUAAAGAGUUGAGCAACGUGCCACCUGAUCAUGUGAUCACCAUUUUAGAAGGGCUCACCACCAUGUGCCACUACAGUCUGCUAGAAUCUACAGCCAAUCUGUCCACCAUGAGCGGACGGCAUGGUACUGGGCCUGCUGAAGUGGAGAACAACUCAAAUAACCAGAUUUUCUCAUCCAUAUUUGGUGCUUUCUCAAGAGACAAAACUAAGGGUAACUCAAACCAACCAGCCCAAGCGCACAAUCCGAAGCAUGAAGCCAGGAAGGGCCUACUGGGGAUGCUUCCUCGCAUUGUAUCCAGCAUAGCCACUCUGUGGAACGUAGUCCAGCAGUGUGAGAGGCUACGAGAAAACAUCAGCAAACCAAGUGAGCUGCCAGACUGGAGUAUCGGAUCACCUAAGGCUGUUCGUCAACAAAUCUUAGAGUUGUUAAGUCCGAUUGCAUUGCAUCACAACACAAACCUACUAGCAGCUAUUGGGGUUGUGUGGAGUAAUUUGAGAAACAAGGCUAAAAUUGUUACCAAGAAGGCCUUACCUCAAGCAAGUGAUGAGCAGCUAACUCUGGUUGAUUUGAUCACUGCUAUCAGAGCCCUCCCUACUGACACCUUGAUACAAACAAUUAAGCAGGUUUUGAAAGUACCUCCAUUCACGAUUAAGGACAAGAACCAACCAUCUUUGGAAGUGAGCAUGCUCCAAUUUUUGUACGCAUAUGUACAGCGGUCUGCUGUCAUGGGGAUACGAGAUUCAUGGCCAUCUUUACUAUCACUCUUACGAGAUGGGUUGCAGCUGGGACUUUCACCACCUGGACAGUUUAUGCUCUUUGGAAUUUUAAAUGAGUUUGUUCAUCGUGCCCCACCGUUUGAAGAACGCAAAGAUAUUCGGGAUCUGCAGGACAUUACUCAAAAGCUAAUUGAAGCCUGCAAUGUGAUAGCUGGUUCAUCGCUUGAACCAACCACCUGGCUUAGAAGGAACGUGUCCGUCAAAUUCGAACCGCAGAAAAAUGUCAUUGGAGAUGGUACUGAUGGUGAAGAUGCCGAUGCAUUGAAGGACACAGCGAGUGUGAAUGCUAAGAACAAGCUUUAUUCACAGUACAGUGUGCAUGCACUCACAAUACUUGCUGAGUUACUGUCACUCCUGCUCGAUCUUGUAUAUGGUAGCGAUGAGAAGGAUAAAGUGCUCCCUCUGUUGACAUCGAUCAUGCAUAAUGUCACACCAUAUCUAAGGAACCACAGUGCCCAGAAUGUUGCAAGUUACCGUGCAUGUACUAAUCUUGUUGCUAGCCUCAGUGGCUACCAGUAUACAAGAAGAGCUUGGAAGAAAGAUGCGUUUGAAUUGCUAUUAGAUCCAGCGUUCUUUCAAAUGGAUGCAGUUUGUGCUAAUGGGUGGCGCUCUAUUGUUGAUAACCUAAUGACACACGACAAGACUACAUUCAGAGAUCUGAUGGGUCGUGUUGCUGCAAUACAGAACACAUCACUAAAUUUAUUUACAAGUCGCGAGCAGGAGAUGGACCAGCGAGCGCAGCUACUGAAGCGACUAUGCUUUACGCUCUUCUGCAGCGAAACGGACCAAUAUGUGCGUCUGCUACCAGAUAUACAAGAGCGCCUCGCUGAGUGUCUGCGAUUGGUCAAUGUACCUGUCGUCCACGAGCAAGUAUUUAUGUGUUUUAGAGUUCUUCUUCUCAGGAUUUCACCGCAUCAUUUGACGGGGCUCUGGCCGACGAUGAUGUCGGAGCUUGUGCAAGUGUUUUUGCAUAUGGAGGAGCAGUUGAAGGCAGCACAGGAACAAGGUAGAUCAUCUAACAUGAAGCGAGUUCCCAGCGGUGAGUUCUCUAUAUUUGGCAGCAAUGGAAAUGGCCCAGUUCGUAUAACAAGAGAAUGGCUUGGGUGUUACCUGGCAGCCUGCAAAUUCUUAGACUUGGCUUUAUCCUUGCCAACUGACUUGCUACCACAGUUCCAAGUUUACAAGUGGGCAUUCAUAGGAACAAAAGAAGGAGUUUCCAAGAAAGACUUCACCCCACACAUCACUAGAGUUGCUAAAAUCCUGAAUAAUCGUAAAAAGGCUGGUCAACAAGAGAAGUCAUUCCUGAAGAGGACUCCUGGAAGACCUCUGCUUAGUAUGUAUCGGAUCAAAUCAUUGGAGCAGCUCUUACCUUUCUUUAAUACUAUCUGCGAUAUGCGCCAAUUGGAAGAGCCGACAGAGAGCGUACCUAUAAGGAAGAGCUCGCCAUCAAGCAAACAAGAGGACCAACGUGCGACACCGAAAGAAUAUGUUGAACGCUUAACAGAACGAGAUUUUCUAAUUCCUCUUUCAUGAAAUGAAAUUACAGAUAAUAUUUGAUUUGAAGUUUUAUGUUGAAAUGAGAUCAUGAUGACUGAGUGGUCAAGCGCAUGCCUUCCAGUCUUAAGAUCAUUGGUUCGUUCUGUGCACAAGCUUUGUUUUCGGAUUCGAUGAUUUAAUGUCACAUAACACAUUUUAUCUACUCACAACACUACAGUGAAAACAAGGAUUACUGCAUAUAUUCAUUUCAAUGCGUGCUAUUUACUAUGGAAAGUUUAUUCACAUUAAAUGAAAUUAAUUAGAGAAAUUCGUAUAUAGAAAUUUAUAUAUAGUUGACAUUCUAUCUGGUGGCAAAUAUUUACAUUUAUAAAAAUGUCGCAUUUUUUUUCAAUGCAGCUGAAGGUGGGUACGCACAAUUUGGGGUCAAUGGGGUGGAAUCGGGUCCCAAAUUGGAUUUUCAAGGUGUUUUUCUCAUUAUCAUAACAAAUUUAUUCUCCAAUCCCCAUAAAAUGAUUUGUUACAGUGCAUCAUGGAUUUGAAAUGAUCUCCUGCAUUGUCAUGUAAAUGAUGUAAACUCGUAUUUUAGAGUGAUGCAGACAAGCACUGAUUUGGUUAAAACUGGUUGUAACCAGUGUUGUGCACUGAACCACAAAGUUUGUUGUGUCUUUGGUUCUGUUCCUUCUAACUGUUGUCCGUGUGAACUAUAAAUUAUAGCGCUCAGUCAAGCCGUUCGUCCCAUAUACAACAUAGCCAGUAUUGCUGAUGAACAAAUAGAGUACAUUAUUUACAAAGGGAUUGUCCUCCAAGGUGCUGUCCAAAUCACCACUAUGACUGCCAUGGGUCCCCAUGGGCCUAGACAAAACUUCCUAGUUACUUAAUUAGGACCAAUUAAUUACUUCACUUAUGAUUGAUACAGGUGUAUUAUAUUUUACCACCUGCACAGUAGCCACUAUGUCCCCUGUAGUAAGGGGGCGAAAUGGUGGAUAUUAUAGGUGUUUCACUGUAGAAUAAGAGUAUAAUUCGCACUUGUCUUAUCAGUUUUAUAUAAUACUUUGUUUCCAGACCAUGUCUAUUUUUUUGUUAGUGGGUACCCAUGGUUACCCAUUCUGUACUGUAAUUUUGAUGUUUUGCAGAUAGGUAGAAUCAAAGAUUAUCGAAUUGCAAGAAGUCUGACUGAAUUCAUUUUGCAUUGCAUGCAAUAAAACAAAAAACAAUGUACUACCGCAACAUAGGGACACCAUAUUGUAAUGUGAAUAGAGUUGGAAACUUGUGUUCUAUGCAGCUCCACAUUCAACACAAACGCCUGUUAUAUUCUUUUGAAGGACGCCCUCUGGUUCAUGGUAGUGCUUUUCGAGGUAGGAUUGGCGUUUCAACAAAACCCUGAGAGUCGUACUUCUUGCAGUUCUAUACUCUUUAGUAGAAGUGCAAUAAGAUUGCAUGCUAAUAGGUGUAAGUAUCAUGACAUUUUAAUUAUAAACAAGCCACGAGUUCUAUGCUUUCAAGUCUUAUUCCAUUUUUUUACUCUUACUGAUUCAUCAAUCCCUAGUCAUAUUCUCAGUGUUCAGUUUUAGGCUUUUUUACAGAUAUAUAUUUUAAAGAUGUAUAUUAAUUUUUUUUUCUUUGUAUUUGAAUUUGCCUUAAGCUCUGUUCACACUAUCAAAUUUUUUGACAAAAAACUGUUGUAUGUCCAUAUAUAGUCAUGAUGUGCCUAUAUAUGGUUAUGAUGUGAUGUCAUCAUGACCAUAUUUAGGCAUGUCACAUGUUUUUGUCAAAUGAAAUUUGAUAGUCUGGACAGAGCUUUAUUCUGUUGUGAUGCUGCACUAAUGCGUACUGACCAAAAUAUUACGAACUGCAAUCACAGUAACUUUGACCUCAGACGACAGAUGGUGGGGGCCAUGGUCGUUCAACGGGGCACUCCCUCCCCGACCCCUGCGGCAACUGUUGUGGCAACACUCAAAUACCUCCUUGAUGUUUUGUUUUUGUGUGUGCUUAUUCUGGUGCUUAGGCUUUUGCUUCUAAUUAAUUACUUAUGCAUAUCCCUAAAAAAUAAUAAUUAACUAUUAACAUAAAUCAUUAUUAGUUAAUUAUAGUUAAUACUAGCUAUAUAUUCUUAAGAACUUUUUCAUUAAUAUUUUCCACUACAGCUGUGUUUCUAAGACUGAGAUAUGGGGCUUUCCUUGAUAUUGUACAGCAGCUAUGGUUGAGGUUUUGUUCAGGCCCUUUGAGCGAACAAAGCAAUUGUCAACUAGGGUAUUACUUAAAGUCAGUUGCAGAUAUUACAAAUGUUUCCUUGCCUUUAUUUACCCCAAGAAUGAAUCAUAAGAAAUUAUUGUGUUGAGAUCAAAUGCUUAUUUUUGUGUAAUAUUACCCACACAUUUUUACCCACACAUUUUUAUGAACUUAAUAGUAAAACAUUUAUGUUGUUUAUCAGCUACUGUGGCACUUAAUGGGGGCAUGUUACAGGUGUUUGUCCAUGCAUGUCCUAAUUCAAUUUAGUGACAUGGACAGACCCUUGUGCCCCUUAAAACCUGGUAAUCUGAUGACGACCUUGAAUGGUAAUAUUAUUAGAUUAACUUUCACAUAGCUGCUUGGUCCAAAGAGGACUACCUGUGCAUUUUGUAGGCCCCCUAAGACCCCUGAAUGGGGCAUGGCUGCUGUGCGAGUUUUAUCUUGAUGAUACGCACUGCAAAACCCAUGCUAUAAACUAGUGCUAAAUGCUAAGCUGUUCUGGACUCGGUACCAAAAAAAAAAUAGGCUUAAUAAAAGCAGCACUGGUGUAGUUACAUAACAAUUUGUUUUUAAAAUGUAUUAUUAUUAUUAUUAAGAACCUUGUUAGACUGUAGGUGACGGGUGCAAUGAUAUUUGUGUGGAAGAUGCUUAAUAUUAAUAGAUUAUUUUUUAUUAGAUUCUUGAUAAUUUAUUAUGUAAUAAUAAAAUCAUUGUGCAUAUAUUUAGAUUUUAAUUUGUGUGUUACAAGGAACUUAAGUUAGGUGCUAUCUAUUUUAAUCUUCAAACUGCAACUGAAAGAAAGGGAUGUUAAUGAGGUUUAACAUCACAAUGUUUUUUUUGCAUGAUAUUAACAAUGAUGUGGAUGAAGCUAAUAUUUUGACCGAUAGUACAAUAUUAAGAAUACUGAAAUGCUAAUAACUCAAUAAAAUAUAAUAUUAAUUCAAAGGAUUAGGGUAAUACAAUGUUUAAUGAUGUCAAAUUAAUCAAACAGUAGCGCAUCUAGGUCUCUUGUAAUGGGGGGCUGAUGGGUGUGUGAAGGUGAGGUGGGGGAGGCUCAAUGAUUAGGCGAGGGGGAACUAGCUCUCAAAAUAAGGUGAUUUGAGGUGCUUUUUAACUACUUGACUAUGAUUUUUGGAGAGCACGAGUUUUUUUUGGGGGGAUCGUGCGCCAACUCCCGCACACCCCUAGAUAUGCUAAUAAACACUUUUACUAUAUAUGUUCAUGAACAUUCAUUGCCUUCCAUUGUAAUGAAGAAAUAUUAAAUGUUUUUGUCACUUUUUUUUUUUCUAUAUGUGGUUUUGGGAUUGAUUUAAUUGUACAUUUAUAUACUCUGAUAAAUCCAAAUAUGGUGGAAUAUUAGUACUCAAUAAAAUAUUUAAUUCUUAAAAAAAAGUUUU